UUUAAUGCAGCUCCAAUAAUGAAUUCAAAUUCAGUCAAUUAUUAAACAGUGUCGUGCGUGUCAUCACGAGUGGUCCUUUUAACUUGGAGCAGCCGACGACUGGUGAUAUAAUAUGUCUGUAAUAUUGAGAGGCGCUGUGAGACUAUACUAUUAUCUCAAUGAGGAAAUAGCGGAUGAGAAAACACAAAACUGGUUCCUGAUGCGAACGCCAUGGCCCGGACUGGCGUUCCUGGUGGUGUACCUGCUGACCGUGAAGCGGUGGCUGCCGGCCUACAUGAGCUCGCGACCGCCGUACGACCUGCGGCUGCUCAUCGCCGGUUACAACCUCGUGCAGAUUGUCGCGUGCGUCUACAUUGUGUAUCAUAGUCUAGCGCUAGGCUGGCUGAACCACUACGCGCUGGUGUGCCAGCCGGUGGAGUCAGGACCGCUGGCCGAGGAGUACGCGUGGAAGGUCUGCUACCUCUACUUCCUUGUCAAAAUAGUGGACCUAUUCGACACGAUAUUUUUCGUCCUGAGGAAAAAAGAGAACCAAGUCUCGUUUUUACACGUGUACCAUCAUUUCGGCAUGGUGAUGGUGUCGUGGGGUAUAGUGAAAUGGGUACCAGGUGGCCACGGAUCGAUGCUGGUAGCGGUGAACUCAUUCGUGCACGUCGUCAUGUACACGUAUUACCUGCUGACCACGUGGGACGAGGCCUACAAGCGCUCGCUCUGGUGGAAGAAGCAUGUCACGCAGCUGCAGAUUCUUCAGUUCACAUUACUCUUCGUGCACUUCGUGUCGCUUGUGGUUGCGCCUGCGCAGUGCAGGUACCCGCGCCCCCCCGCCUACCUCCUCAUACCGCAGAACCUCUUCAUGGUCAUACUCUUUAGUGAUUUCUACUAUAGAGCAUACGUCAAGAAGCCUAAAUCUACAUAAUUAUAAUGUGUUAAAUGUAUUUUUGUAUAUGUAAUUUCUUUGA